AAUAUUAGGGUUUAUAAGGACAUGGACUGGGGGGAGUGUGUGUCUAAGGCAGUGCUGGAGCGCUACAAGUGCUUGCCAAAGAAAGGGAAGCCACAGGGCGGUGAAUACACAGUUCUCGGAGCAUUCUUAGUCUCCGAUUGCAAUUCGUCAAUAGCUUCUUUGCGAGUGAUUGCAUUGGGAACUGGGACCAAAUGCCUGGGAGGCUCUCAACGCAGCCUUGCUGGCGACACAAUCAACGAUUGCCAUGCCGAAGUGAUCGCUAGGAGAACACUGCUCAAGCUUUUAUACACGGACAUCGGGUCUUUUGUAGAUGAGGGGCAAGAUUCUCGUUCUAAGUUUUUCAAGAGGGAUGAUAAUGGCAGACUGCGUAUGCGUCCAGAGAUUCGACUCCAUCUCUACAUCAGCCAGUCACCUUGUGGAGACGCAUGCAUCUUAGGAGUUGAUCCUGGCGCCGGAGAAGACGAUCACACUGAAUUUUGCUGCACGACGGGGGCAAAGCUGGUGUCUACACAAGUUCACUCGGAACAAAGCCUGCAGACAACGGGCAUGCUUAGGCGAAAGCCUGGCCGGGGAGAUGCCACUUUUUCUAUGAGUUGUAGCGACAAGAUCGCAAGAUGGAACGUUUUGGGAGUUCAAGGAGCUCUCUUGUCCUUGUUCCUCAACGAACCAGUAUACAUCUCGACGAUUACUGUUGCUAGGAGCACGAAAGCAUCGCCACUGGUUUCCGACCUGGCGUGCAUAGAGGCCCUGCAAAGAGCUACUUUCGGCCGGCUGUGCUCAGUGGCACGGAAUCUAGAAGCUCCCUACAGACUCAACCAGCCAGUGAUUUGGCUGGCACCAACACCUCCGGAGGAUUACAUGCUCUAUCCAAGUGGAUUGGCCUGCGGAUAUUCGAUCAGCUGGGACUCGUCCGGCUCCCACGAGGUUGUCAUUGGAACAACGGGAAGGAAGCAAGGUGCUGCGGGCAAAGGAGCGUUGUUGCCAGCUACAGAAUCAAAGCUCAACAGGAAGUCAUUGGGGAGAUCAUUUAGACACCUGUUGACGCAUUUCUUCCCUGGCUUGGCUUGCAGCAACUACUUGGAGUGCAAAAAGUUAGCACUAACAUAUUUGGAAGCCAAAGAGAUUCUCCUUCAUCUUAAUUCACCUUUUGGUGGGUGGCUGUCGAACACCUUAGAAAAGUAAUACCAAUUUAGCUUUGUGACAGUUUUAGUUAGAUGAAUUUAGACAAUCAGCCUUGUAUCUUUCCAUCAAGCUUGAAAACCUCUACGUCUAAGAC